CCGGGAGGGACGGGCGGGCUCGGCCGGAGCUCCGCUGUACAAAGCGCAGUUUCCGCCGCACCCCGCCUGCACCUUUCCUGUACCCCCGCAGGAAGCAGCCCCGGCCGGGGCCACGUCCUGGGGCCCCGAACGUGGCGGGACGCGCCCCGACGGCUGCCGGGCCACCGAGAGCCCGCGGCUGCACAACCACGGACGGAGCCCUGCCAAAGGCAGCGAGAGCCAAACCUGAAUUACCAGCCCGGAGAGUAGCUGUGGAUCCCGGGAGCUCCUGUGAUUUGCGGCAGGUUUUUCAGGUCCCCGCCUGUCAAACACACGCGCAGAUACUUAAGCAGUCACCCAAGGACCUGCGGGGUUCUUGUUUUACACACUUCUGGUCCCUGGCAGCUCCAGUGCCUGUCCCCAUAGCCCUACCCCAGGAAGAGAUGGCCAUGGAAAAGCCAGUGAUUCCCACUGAGGAGCAGCUGGAGAUCCUGGAGUACCACUUCUGCAAGGUGAAUAAGCAUCCUGACCCCGCCACACUGUGCCUCAUUGCUGCUGAGACCGGACUCUCCAAGGAGCAGACUCUGAAAUGGUUCAAGCAGCGCCUGGCAGAGUGGAGGAAGUCUGAAGGGCUGCCCUCAGAAAGCGGGUCUGUCAGGGACUAGAGGAUGUUGCUCCAAUCCCCUUGCCUCUUAUAAACGAUGGUGAAGCUCUUCAGAGUGGGUUUUCUUGGGGUUCUUCUGUUGCAGUAGGUUUUGCAAUACAAAGUAAUACUCUGCUAUUUAACAUAAAUUUUAUUUAACAUGUACAUAACCAAAAAAAUUAUAUAUGUAUAUGUGUGUGUGUGUGUGUGUAUAAAACUUUUGAUGGCUGAUAACCUAUCUAGUGAUUCCAACCCAUUAACAGCAGCUGCACAAGAAAGGGCAAUUUCAUGCCCUUGUCCCAGGCUUGCAGA